AUGGUAGAUUAUUAUGAUAUAGAUGAUAUUUUAGCUACAGGAGAGAAAGUCCCAAGUAUAUUCAACAUAACGGUACCAGGAUUAGGAUACCUAGAAGGGAAUCCCGGUAAGCCAAUCAAUGAAGGUACAAAAGUCGAACUACCUCUCUGGUUGGCAGAACAAUUGGCACAUUUAGAAGCACCUGAUGGAACACCAUUUAUACUGUUAUUAGAACCUGAAAGUUUGAAUGUUAAAGUACGGAACGCUAUUCGUACUGAUCCUGUAGCAUUAGACGUUCAUUCAAUUUUACCGAAUUACUACAAAAUGGCAGAAAAGUACUGUUCGUUUUUCAGUGAUGAAGAAUUAAGUGAGAUUAUCAAACAAAUGAUCAAAGAAAGAUCUUUAGAGAUUUAUAGUUAUGCCAAUAAUAGUUCCAAACAAAUGAAUAGCAGGUUUAUGUUAUCAUUAGAUGAGUUCGAAAAGAGACUUUUCAAAAUUGCUAGUGAAAGUAAUCGACAAAUGAAGAAUUGGUUGAAAGAGUAG